AUGGCCUUUUCGAGGCACAGGGGGCGCUUUGGGGAAGGCCUGAUGACGGAAAGCCAGUUUGUGGCCGAGCACAUCGUUGCCGAAGAUGACGGGGCGGAGACUGACCUGGGAUCUCCAGCUGGCCAGCGCAGAGGACUCGCCAUGGAUGAUGCCGACUACCCAGACGCUCCGAGACUUGAUGCAUCCAGCCAGGACAUUGCAGGUGCCCUUCCCGAGCUCCAGCGGCAAAACAGCCCUCUGGAACGCCCCGGAACUGGAAUGUCGCACAGAGACAGCGCCGAACGAAUUCUGAGCCGGCCAGAUACUGCGAUGUCCUUGUGCGCAGAGACUGGGAUGGGAGAGGAUUCCAUGGUCAGCUUCAUCCGCAACUACAUGACUAGCAUCCUUCAACCCUUUGGGCAGACUGUGGAUGAGCUGCACCGGUAUGUCUGGAACUUGUCCGAGACAAUGAGUGCCGUCUCUCAGGAUGUGGAAGGCCACACAGCUCAGCUGGCACAGCAGGCAGCUUUGGUUGCUGAGCUCCGACAGGAUUUGAAUCGGACCUCCGACCAGGUCGCACAAGCACAGACGCUGCUCGAGGCUACGACGGCUGAAAAGAACGCCCUCGAGUCCGAGCUGCACAGCCUGAAACCCAAGGUUGGCGAGCUCGACGAGAGGACAGCUGUGGUCACGGAGGCAGUGCAGGAGCUACAGCCCCGCCUCAAGGAGACCAGGUGCAAACUGGCAAGGUGUGAGGAGUCGAAGUUUGAGACGGACCGCGACAUUGCCCAGUUGCGUGCGGCACUGGAGCACGUGAAAGGUGACAUUGACGCGUGGGACAAGACACACGAAGCCGUCGUGCAGUCCAUCAAUGGCACCAAGCAAAGCUUCGAGGGCCGGCUGCAGGAGCUGCAGGCUUCGAUCCGGGACGUGAAGGACGAGAAGAAGACCACCGAAGCCUUCAGCAGCCAACUGGAGGGCAGGAUACGUGGCAUCGAAGAGAAAGCCCAUGAGUCUGAGAAGAAGCUACAAGAGCAUGCAGAGAAGCACUUAGCAACAUCCUCUGCGGCAUCAAGCCUCAAAGGACGAGCCGAGGCCAUGGAAAAAAGCCAGGAUGAUAUGAAAGACAGGCUGAACAAAGCUGACAUAGCGAUCACAGACUACCGGGUCUUGGCGGCGGAGAACAAGCAGAACAUCGCAAAGCUCCUGGAGGUUGUCUCGAGUCCUGAUGUGCUGGUCAACAUGGAGUCUUCCAUCCUAGAAGUGACGAAGAUCAGCCAGCAGAACUCCAAGGCCCUCACCGCGCUGACAGCUCAAUGCCAUGAGCUGUCCCAGCAAGAGCUGGAGGCGCAAAAGAACACGGAGCACCUUGGUGAGCAGCUGGUUCUUCUGGGCAAACGAGCUGGACGGAUGGAAACUGUUCUGGGCUUGGAUGAGAUGGACAAGGACGACGAAGAUACAAAGACUGGUGUGGUCUUCAAGAGCGGGAUCCUCUUGACAGAGCAGCAGAUUGCUACUUUCCAGCAAACUUUCCACGAGUUCGACCUGGAUGGCUCCGGUACCAUCAGCGUUUCGGAGCUGACCGCAGUCUUGCACCAGAUCGGCCUGGAGCCACCCAUGGAUAUCGUCUUCGCCAUGCUAGAGGCAAUAGACAUUGACAAGAGCGGCGACAUCGACUUUGACGAGUUCUGCGCUCUCUUGACAAGAAUGCUGGGCCCCGAUGGUAAGGUGGACAUCGACAGGAUGCUUCGCAGUAUGUUCGACAGCAUGUCCUACGAAGCAAAGCAGAGGAAGGCUGUGGAGACAGUCAUCCUGCACACGACGGAGCUUCGAGAGCACAAGGACAUGAUCUCUCAAGAGCAGUCGAAGCUGGAUGAGGUGGGUGACCAGAUCUCCAACCUUCAGGGUGGCUACGACAUCCUGGCCGAUGAGGUGAAAAAGCUUCGGCAGGGCCUAGAGCUGAAUCAAGAGUACUGGCGUGGAUUCUCGCGCGGGUUGAAGGAGACGCGAAAGACGGUGUAUGCCGAGGGGCAAGAGGUACCGCUUCCUAGCGCGCAGAAGCUGAGGAGCACGCUUCCUCCGCUGACGGCGAGGCCGUCGACGGCGCAAACUGCAUCAACUACGGCACAAACCGCGGGAUAUUCAACUUUCUGA